AUGGCGGCUCUCUUAUCGCAAAGCGUCCCGAUCAACGAGGCGCUAUCCGGAAUCUUUGGCAGCAUCAGUCUGACGGCAUGGAUUUGCCUGCUGAUUCCCCAGCUCAUCACCAACUACAAGACCAAGAGCGCCGAUGGACUGUCUAUGGGCUUCCUGCUGAUUUGGCUCUUUGGUGAUAUUGCAAACUUGUCAGGGGCGCUCGUCACCGGAAUCGCACCGACCGCUACCACCUUAGCUGCAUACUUCUGCUUCUCCGACCUCGUCCUCAUUUCGCAAUGUCUGUACUACAACACCAUCAACGCCCGCCGGGCUGCCCGCCAGCGCGCCCAGUCGACGCAAACCAAUGCCUCCGAAGACGAGCCGCUGCUGAGACGCCGGUCCUCUGCGGGCAUUCCCGGUUCGCAGCGCCGACCCUCUGUCAGAAAUGACGAGUCCGGCCUCGGCGAUUCCCUCACCCGCAUCGUCACCGGCGAGGACGAGACCCCCGACAGCCACCGCUGGUUGCACAACACGCUGAGUUUGGCUGCCGUCUAUCUGCUUGGUACAGCUGGCUGGUUCGUGUCAUACAAGGUCGGCGCAUGGGAUGGACCCGAUGAGCCCGACUCUCCCGCUGCGGCAACGUCGAUUGCUGGUAUCGUAGGCAUGUCACUGGGUUAUCUCAGUGCGCUGUGCUAUCUGUGCGCGCGCAUCCCACAGAUCAUUAAGAACUACAGGGAAAAGUCCUGCGAAGGACUUGCGCUACUCUUCUUCCUCCUCUCCCUAACGGGCAACAUGACUUACGGACUGAGCGUCUUCAGCUACUCGCAGGACCCAGAAUACAUUGUCAAGGCGAUCCCCUGGUUACUGGGUUCGUUAGGCACCAUGGUUGAGGAUGCCAUCAUCUUUUAUCAGUUCCGAAUCUACGAUCCGUCACGACAAGCCAAGCAUGCAGACGCUGCUUGA